AUGACCCAGGCUCAGAUGAAAGACACUCGGCAGGUCCUCAAGUUCACGAGGAUGUGCAAGUACUGGAACACCAAUCGAUGCAAUCUCGGUGCCGAGUGCAGCUUCGCCCAUUCGGAAUCGGAGUUGCGGGACCAACCGGACCUGGUGUCAACGCAGCUAUGCUUCCAAUUCGCACGGAAGGGUGUCUGCAAGAACGGGGAGGCAUGCAAGUUCGCUCAUGGCAAGUCGGAGCUCCGACGGUUCCCAAAGACCGGCAAGCAAGGGAACGAAAGUGAGCACGAGAAGGUCAACAAGCGCAGAGGAGAAGGCAAGCAGACUGGCUCUACAGUCGCUUCACGUGCCACGUUGUCCGACAUGGCAGUACCUCUGGACACCGGUAUCAGGUCGCACGCGAUGUCGACCUUGACUGUGGACACAGCGCCGACCUUCUUCCUGCCACCGGGUUUGGAAAGGUCCGAGCCAGCCAGCCCGAUCAUUCCUCCGCCAGGUCUCGAGCUGUACGCCCCUGAGCCGAAGUAUGUUGCCGCGAUGCUGCGGGAGAGCUUGGAGAGUUCUCUCUGUGGGCCUUUGCUGAAACGAUCCAUCCACGACGGUCUCAUCAGUGCACUGCACGGUCCUGAUGCAGAGGGUAUCUUUGGGAAGACGAGCGUGGAGACAGCAUCCGAGGGUGUGGCUUCCACUGGGUACCCGUCCGACUGCAGCGAGCCAGCCAGCCCAAAGGGGAUGCCGAUCUGGCUUUGA